AUGAUCGCAUAUCGAACUGGAGCAGGCCCAAACACGCUGAAGCCAACCAGAGUUGUCUGCCCUUACUUCGUCGUCAGUAAAAGAAUGGCGGACGACAUACAAUGCAACGUCGCGGCAGUGGAAGGAUUUUCGGGCGCAAAAGACACGACAGCCAGUCGAGAAACCCGCCAAAAAAUGAACGUAGAUUUCACCGACAGAACAUGCUCGGAAAAGAUGUCUAAGAAGAAAAAGUGUCCCGACGAGGAAAAGGCCUUCAUGGUGUCUCAUCUGGGCGAGUCGGGUAAGGUCCGGACUACCACCAUCGGUCCUGGGGAGCCUUCACUCUCUAAACAAAAACAUCACCACAGAAAGGCCUUUGAGUACAUAUCAAAGGCCCUCAAAAUAGACGAAGAGGAGGCAGUCUGCCCCAUUUGUUAUACGAGAGGUGGAGCCCUCUCAAUCUUUCCUUUUCUGGCUUCUCUGUUCUUUGUCCCUGAUUCUUUUCUCCUCAAAAUCAGACACUCCGGACUUUACAAGCAAGUGCCAGACGGCAUGUCCUUAGCAGACUCUUCCCAAGUGGAAUAG